UCCCCGCCUGCUCCUGCUCCUCAUGCCCCGCCUUCCGGCUUGUUACCAUGGUGACAGUUUGCUGCCCGGCCCAGCCCAGGGCAGGACGCAUCCCGGGCGGGCCCCAUGGAGGUCACGGGCAGCACCUACCUCGGGGACUAUGUGCAUGGCAGGAUUGAAGGGAAAGGCCGCUAUACUCUCCCAACUGAAACCAAAUAUAAUGGCAAAAUGAAAGAUGGAAUGUUUCAUGGCAAAGGAACCUUGUAUUUUCCUAAUAGAAGCAAAUAUGAAGGAAUCUGGGACUGCGGAAUAUCGAAAGAGGGGAAAUACACUUUUGCAGAUGGUCUUGAAUUCAAAGAUAAAAAAUGGCAUUAUUGUGAUGGCUAUGACAGAAGAUUUUAUACAGAAAUCUGUUCCGGUCUAAAACCAGCAGGUAUCUCUCAGCUUACAAACUUAGAUCCUCCCAGAACAAUUCCAACAGGCUGUUAUGACUGUGGUGAUGGAUUCUAUAAUCCUAAUACCAGAGUUGUCAUUGAUUACAAACUCAGGUUUUUGAGGAAUGCAGCUUCCUCCUAACAUUACCCUUGGGACUGAAAUGUCUCAUGCUUGGUCUGAAUGAACCUGGAAGUGAAUCAUCUUGAAAAAUUUGAAAAAAUUCCAUUUAUCCCUUCUGGAUCAUCCAAGGACAAAAUCCAUUCAAUAAUUGUGUAGAUGUGUGUGGCUAUCCUUCCCUAUCAGUAUCUGAGGGAGGCCACGCCCCCUCAUAGUUGGGCCUCUGUUCAGGCAAGGGUUACUGGAGAAUUAGCAAUCUCUGAGGUGCUGGCCCUCUAAACAGGGCCAGACAGCAAGCCAUCCGGGGCUCAGGCUCUCAGGUAGGACAGGACCACAAACAGUCUUGGGGCUCAGGCCCUCAGGCACGUGGGAGCACCAGUCUUGGGGGCUCAGGCCCUUGGGCAGAGUGGAGCACCAAAUAGUCUGACAUCCUAGCUCUGGCAGACAGCAGACAAACACAGGCCUCUUGGCCUACGGUAGGGAGGCUGUCACUCCAGGGGUGGGGUUGGCAGCAGGAGCUAGGGGGACCUGGGCCCACUCUACUCCACCUGGUGCCAGCCUAGGGCCCUAACAGUGGCAGAUGGUUCCAUCACUGAAUCAGCGGGGAUCCAGCCAAAACAUGCUGACCUGGAUUCAGACAACAACACAACUGGGCUAAAGUCUGGUGUCUCUAGGCUAUUUCCUACACUCCCGUCAUUGUGUACCUGUUGCUCAGGGUUGUCCUCCGUCUCCCCGGGGUAUACAGCUAAUGGCAGU